UGCUGAGGAUGCAUGGUUAUUGGGUUACGGUUCACGCUUGGAAUAACUUUCUUAAUCAUGUACUGAAGUUGAAUGAAAUUGUUAGGUUUUGGAAGCUAUAUAAAGAAAUGGUUUCAUAUGGGUAUGUUGAAAAUGUCAAUACCUUCAAUUUGGUUAUUUAUGCUCUCUGUAAGGAAUGCAAAUUACUAGAAGCAAUGUCAGAAUAUUAUCGGAUGUUGAAGAGUGGAAUUUGGCCUAGUGUUGUUACUUUUAACAUGAUUAUAGAUGGAGCGUGCAAGAUGGGUAAUAUGGAACUUGCCUUGAAGCUUUUGAGGAAGAUGGGAGUAAUGUCGGAGGACUGUGUUACGCCCAAUUCAGUUUCGUACAAUUGUAUCAUUAAUGGGUUUUGCAAAAUUGGUAGUUUAUCUUGUGCAGAGGAAAUCCAAGCUGAAAUGACUGAGGCAGGUGUUGAGUCCAAUUUGAGGACUUAUGCAACUCUAGUGGAUGGGUAUGCAAGAGGAGGGAGUUUGGAGGUGGCACUUAGAUUGUGUGAUGAAAUGGUGGAAAGGGGUCUGACCCCUAACUCUGUUGUUUACAAUUCAAUUAUCCAUUGGCUUUGCAAAGAAGGAGAUGUUGAGGAAGCAUGUUUGUUAUUUUCCGACUUGAUUGACAGGCGUAUAUGCCCUGAUCAAUUUACCUACUCAAUCCUCAUUAACGGGCUCUGCCGAAAUGGGCUUGUGACUGAAGCACUAAGAUUCCAUAACCAAAUUCUUGAGAAAAGCCUUGUCAAGGAUGUUUUUUCUCAUAAUAUCCUCAUCGAUUAUAUGUGCAAAAACAAAAACUUGAUAGGAGCCAUGCAAUUGUUGGGCAGUAUGUUUGUUCGUGGUCUACUUCCUGACACUGUCACCUAUGGAACCUUGAUUGAUUGGUACUGCAAAGAAGGAAACAUAGGAAGUGCAGUUCAAAUUUAUGGCAAAUUGAUAGAUGUGGAGAAAAAACCUAAUUUGGUGAUAUACAAUUCUGUCGUAAAUGGGUUAUGCAAAGAGGCAUCAGUGGAUAUUGCAAGAAAUUUGAUGGAUGCAUUACAGAGGAUAGAUUUUGUUGACAUUAUAACCUUUAACACAUUGAUUCAUGCAUAUUUAAUAUGUGGGAAGAUUGAUGAGGCAUUUUUUUUGUUUCGGGAAAUGGAAGAGGUUGGGAUUUCAUUCAAUAGAGUCACUUACAAUAUAUUGAUCAAUUUUUUGUGCAAGUUUGGGUGUUCUCAACAAGCAAAGGAACUUAUGAAGGUAAUGAUUUCUAGGGGUAUGGUUCCUGAUUUUAUAACAUACACCACUCUUAUUACCAAUUUCAGUAAGAAUUGCAGCCCAGAAGAAGUCAUUGAAUUACAUGACUACAUGGUGAUUAAGGGAGUAAUUCCAGAUAGACAAACGUACAAACAUGCUGUCUGUCCAUUUCUUCUAGAAGAAAAUGAAAAUGCAAAGAUUAGCACACAGAAUUGAGUUUCGACAGUGCAACAAUGUGUAUAUUUGUCCUCCAUUAUGCACUAUAGUAUGUGUUUUUGGCCAAUCGGUCCAUAGAGAACGUGCUGGGCUUUCCAAAGUAACAAGAAUCACACAUUUAUUCAACAUUGUUUAUAUCAGGCAUUAAAAGUGCUUCCUACAGCUCAUGACAGAUGGAGACUAAUAGCAAAUUCAUUUACGUUGUGAUAGUGAUUUGUGAAGCUGUAAAAACUGUAGAAUGCAGGGAACAAGUACUGAAAAUUCAAUGCAUCUGCUGUACUGCAAGGUCCUCUGCUGAUUUUGUUGUGAAUGGUGCUUGAGUUCAAGUCUUGAAGAAGGGGAGGCUGCAAAACUUGUAUUGGAAUGGGAUGGCUGAGCUACUGUAACUUUGUCGACAAUCAGGAUUCUGCAAUCACAUCCAACUGCAAGAGGGAGGCUACUUGGAAAUAUUCCUGCACUAAAUAAUAAAGAUAACACCGUAAACAUGGAGUAAAUUUUUGAGGGUGUGGCUAGGAGGAAUAUUCACAGAUAAAAAAACAUAAAAAUUUAAAAUUUAAAGGCCAAAAGUCACUUUGGUCCUUGUAGUUCGCCGGUUUUCCAUUUUUGUCUGUGUGAUUUUAUUUUUGGCAAUUGGACCCAUGUAUUUACAUCCAAAUUUCUGUCGAAUUUCUUGACUCGCUAACAUGAGGGGAUAUUUUGGACGAAAUUAGAAGACAUCCUAAUAGAAUCUAUAAAAUGUCCUCGAAUUACGAGAGAUUUAAAAUUAGAGGCAAACUAGAAGGAUCGAAAAAACAAAACAAGAAGCAUGGGCCAACCUAAGUGGGGGUCAGAUUGGGCUGCUG